AUGAAAAUGGCAACUUCCCUAGACUUCCUUCUCCUCGACUUCCUUGUCGGCCUCAUCUUCUUCCAGCUGCUUACCCCCUGCUCAGCUCAGUUUUCUGUGAUCAGACCCCCUGGAACCAUCCUGGCUGUGGUGGGUGAAGAUGCUGAUCUGCCCUGUCGUCUGUCCCUGAACAUGAGCGCGGAGACCAUGGAGCUGAUGUGGGUGAGAUCCAGCCUUAAGCAGGUAGUAUACAUGUAUGCAAAUGGGCAAGAAGUGGAAGACAAACAGAUGGCAGAGUAUCGAGGGAGAACUUCACUUUUAAGAGAUGGCAUCGCUGAAGGAAAGGCUACUCUCCGAAUUUAUAACGUCAGGGCCUCUGACAGUGGAAACUACCUGUGUUAUUUCCAAGAUGGCAACUUCUCUGAAAUAACCCUGGUGGAGCUGAAGUUUGCAGACCCCUUCUGGAGGACCCGCACCUUGAUCCUAGCCUUUGCUGGGACCCUGGCAGUCUUCCUGCUGCUUCUCUCAGUAGCAGGUUACUUCCUGUGGCAAGAGAAGCAAAAAGAAGCUGUAUCCCAGGAGAAAGAGAUAUAA